AUGAGAGAUAUAGAGCUUCAUUACGAGAAGCAGAUAAAGAAAAAUAAGUCAAAAUCUAAAUCUGUGAAAAUUUCCGAUUUACCCAUUAUUGAUGGCGGAAUCAACAUGAUUGAAACUGGCACAACUGAUAAUGCAGAAGAAAAAAAUAAACUGUAUAACAUACUUAAGGACAAUCGUAUGGAAACAAAAAAGACGUUAAAUGAGGCGGAACGGUUACUGACUUCUUACUAA